UGCGGCCCGCCCUGACGCCUGGCUCUGUGUGGCAGACGUGGACGAGUGCGCGACGGGCUCGCACACCUGCCAGGCCGGCUCCACGUGCCAGAACACCAAGGGCUCCUUCUACUGCCAGGCCCGGCAGCGCUGCAUGGAGGGCUUCCUGCAGGACCCUGAGGGCAACUGCGUGGACAUCAACGAGUGCACGUCACUGUCUGAGCCGUGUCGGCCGGGCUUCAGCUGCGUCAACACCGUGGGCUCCUACACCUGCCAGAGGAACCCGCUGGUCUGCGGGCGCGGCUACCACGCCAGCGAGGACGGGGCCAAGUGUGUGGACGUGAACGAGUGCGAGACGGGCGCGCACCGCUGCGGCGAGGGCCAGGUGUGCCACAACCUCCCCGGCUCCUACCGCUGCGACUGCAAAGCCGGCUUUCAGCGGGAUGCCUUCGGCCGCACCUGCGUCGAUGUGAACGAGUGCUGGGUCUCGCCGGGCCGUCUGUGCCAGCACACGUGCGAGAACACCGUCGGCUCCUACCGCUGUUCCUGCGCCUUGGGCUUCCUGCUGGCCGCUGACGGCAAGCACUGCGAAGACGUGAACGAGUGCGAGGCCCAGCGCUGCAGCCAGGAGUGCGCCAACAUCUACGGCUCUUACCAGUGCUACUGCCGCCAGGGCUACCAGCUGGCCGAGGAUGGGCACACCUGCACAGACCUCGAUGAGUGCGCUCAGGGUGCCGGCGUCCUCUGCACCUUCCGCUGCCUCAACGUGCCGGGGAGCUACCAGUGUGCGUGCCCGGAGCAGGGCUACACCGUGACAGCCAACGGGAGGUCCUGCAAGG